AUGGGCUCAACCGCCGUCAACCAGGGACCUCCUCAGCUCACAGCCCUUGAACGUAUUGGGCCUAAAGGAUAUCUGCGAUACAUUUUCCCUUUUCAGCUAGAUGAGGACUAUGAUAAGACUGAAUUGAUUCGCAUUCUUCAAGCCGGAUAUGAUGCUCUCUGCGCAAGAUUGCCAGAAGUUGCAUGCGAAGCCGUCCCCGAUACCGAUUCAAAGCAAGCUGGAGUUUUAAAAUAUGCCAAGCGAGAUGAUGGCGAGGUAGCGUUCAUUAUCAAAGAUCUACGCGAUUCAUAUCUAUCAACAUACGCAGAGCUGAAAGAAAAGCAUUUCCCCGUCGCUUCUUUCGAUGCCGAUACAUUCUGUUGUCGCGGUAUCUGGCCUCAACCCGGUGACCGGCUGCCAGUUGCACAGGUCCAGGCCAACUUUAUUCACGGUGGUCUUAUUCUCAACUGGAGUAUUCUGCAUUUGGCAGGUGACGGCACAUCCUUUUGUAUCUGGACAAAAAUCUGGGCAGAGGGAUGCCGACGCGCACAGGGAGACUAUAAAAGCCCUGUUGACCUUCCAGAAGCCAUCUGGAACGAUCGCGAACAGGUAAUGAAGCCCUCUGGCCGUAACCAAGGCAGGCCCGAGGAUCACCCAGAAUUUACAGUCCUGCCUUUCACGCCUCCCGGAAUGCCGCCUAAGAUGACCUCCGUCAACCACCGUGGACAGAUUUACUACUUCUCGCCAGAGUCUCUAGCCGCAUUAAAGGCCGAUGCUUCGCCAGCCAACGCCACCCAGCCGACCGAUCAGAAGUGGAUUUCGACCAAUGAUGCCCUCUCCGCUCUACUCUGGCGUACUGUUAUGGCAGUGCAGCAUCCCAUUGAAGAGCUGGAGGGUGAUCCUGUCUCUGUCUUCAAUAUCGCUUUGGACGGUCGCCAACGGACUAAUACUCGCAUUCACUCCAAUACACUAGGCUGCUUCCUUGAGUGGUUUGCACCCUCGGCAUCUAUCCGUGAAAUGCUCACUUCGCUCAAUAUCGCCGAUUUAGCUAUCUUGAUUCGCAAGGCUCUGAAUCGCGUUGAUGAUCAGUUCACCGAUGAUUUGAUUACCUUGGUGGACUCAGUUGAGGAUGUGGAUCGCUUUGUCGCUACAGCUUUCCUGGAUGUUCCGGGUAACCACUGCGUUCAAAGCUCAUGGCUUGGCUUUGAGCUAUAUGGGAUCGAGUGGGGACCCAUCCUAGGCAACAAAAUUGAGGCGGUGCGACUUCCCCAUGUUGGUGUCAUCAAUGGAGCUCAGCUUGUUCUUCCGCAGUUGCCAAAUGGCGGAAUGGAGGUUCUCGUUGGAGUGGAGUCAAAUUGUUUGGACAGACUCUUGAGCGAUCCUUUAUUCAACAAGUAUGGCGUUGCCUGGUAG